AUGGCUACUGCACCUGCUCCACCGCCGCGCACCAAACUCGGUCAGCAUCGUCUCCUUUGUCCCAAUGCGCCCAUACUCGUCUCUCCCGUCUGCCUGGGGGCGAUGGGCUUCGGCCAAAGAUUAUGGGGUGCGGCUAUGGGCGGUUGCAACAAGGAGACUAGCUAUGAAAUCCUCGACCGCUUCCAUGAUGCCGGUGGCAACUUCAUUGACACUGCCAACUUCUACAUGGGCGGGGAGUCAGAAGAGUGGCUUGGGGAUUGGAUGGCUGAUCGCGGAGUCAGAGACCAGAUGAUCAUCGCCACCAAGUUCGCGCUGCCCUUCAAAUUCCCAGAACAAUUUCCAGAAGGAACCAUCACGUCCAACUUUGGCGGCGCCAACAGAAAGAGUCUGCGCCUCUCACUCGCAGAGAGCCUUCAGCGAAUGAGAACAGACUAUGUCGACAUCCUCUAUGUGCAUGCCUGGGACGGAGUAACCAAUAUCCCCGAGUUGAUGCGAUCGCUUGACGAUGUUGUAAAGCAAGGUAAGGUCCUGUACUUGGGCAUCUCCAACUGGCCGGCCUGGCUGGUCGUCAAGGCCAAUGACUAUGCCCGCCAGCAUUGCUUGACCCCGUUUGUGGUCUACGAAGGGUUGUGGAACGUUGUGGCCCGGGAUAUUGAGCGAGACAUAGUCCCCAUGUGCAAGGCCGAAGGGAUGGCCAUCACCGUGUGGGAAGCAAUGGGCGCUGGCAAGUUCAAAACCAAGGCCGAAAAGGCCGAAAAGGGAGGGAGGCCCGCUUAUGAUCUCUCUGGAAAGGGGCUGGAGGCCUUCGAGCGCGCCACUGCAGUUUUGGACCGAGUCGCGAAGAGGAAGGGCACAAACGCUGUUGGGAUUGCUUUGAGAUACGUCACAUUGAAGGAGCCGUACGUGUUCCCAAUCAUCGGGUGUCGGAAAAUCGAGCAACUCCAGGCCAAUAUCGAGAAUUUGAGCGUCAAGCUCAGCGAAGACGACAUGCGAGAGAUCGAGGAAGCAGUUCCGAUCGACCUGGGCUAUCCUCACGCGUUUCUGUCGGGUCUGGCCGACAAGCAUGUUGGGCCGACGAGACCAUCAAAACUUGAGGUGCGCUGGGGAGGCUUUGAAGGCGUGGAAGAACCAAAGAGCGUUGUUGCUCAAGCCCCUGCUUCUACUUCGGUGGAAGAUGUAGGGAUGACUCAGGACUCGGAUGAUGACCUGUCUGAACUUGCUCGCCGCGCUCCACUCGUGGCUGCAUUGGAGGCUACUCAACUUCUUUCAACUCAACAAGUCGCGAACACGAACCAAUCGGAGCAGGACGCAGAUGAUUUCAAUCUCCAUGCUGAUAGGAAAUGCCAAAUAUUUCCUACUUCAAGAUUGGAUGCUGGAGAAAGUCGCAUCUGCGAACAGCUCAGAGCUGCUCUCCCACCCUACAACGAACUGAGACAAUGUUUCUCUGGAGACACCAAAUGGUGGGAUUUCUGGCAUAUCAAGACAUUUGGGCCAGAUGCUCCCAAGGAGAGCCUCCUGCAGUUCCUGGAACGAGUCUACAUGAUAGGUACCCCGAUAGAACUCGGCUUCCUUGUCUCAUCCUACGGUCGUCAUCAUGCCGCCGAGGCUUCAGAGUAUCUUGCGGUGGUUGAUCGUCUUGUUCUCGCAAGCGACCGAUUUGCGAGGAGCGUCGAGGGACUCCUUCUGGCUGUUUUCCACGCCAAGGUGUAUCUCGAUAAUCUGCACCGCAACUAUUCGAGCUCCCACAGACGGAGUGCUGCUUGGUGGACACUCUAUCUCGGUGAUCGGUUCUUGUCCAUCCUGCUCGGUCUGCCCUAUUCUAUCUCGGACAACUCCUUCAUUGUCACGUACGCAAGUGAAACAAGCCAACUUGGCUACGCAACGCUACCUUUUGCGAUCCGCUUAGGCAUGAUCACGGGCCGCGUCAUUGACCAGGUGCAGAGUCGCAAAGGCCCGAAAUUCUCUGAGAUUGUGGACAUCGAUGACGAGCUCACCACCCUAGCGAGCACAAAGCCAAGGCAUUGGUGGGACCACAAAAUCACCGCAGACGCUUGCUCGACCGACCUGAAUGAAUCACGAGAAAGGCUGAUAUGUCAGACACAAUACUUCCUCACCAGGAUAUACUUGCAUCUACCAUAUCUCCUCAAGUCGCCGACAUCCCACCUCUACGUGAGCAGCAGGUUGACGGCGAUCGAGUCGGCAAGAGAACUGCUGAAGCGUUAUCAAGUUUUGAGGUCUUAUGUUGACGGCAGCCCCAUUUUUGAUUGUCAGUCGCUUGACUUUGUCGGUUUUAUGGCUGCAGUCAUACUGGUCGUUGCGGCGUUCUGUGGCUCGGGAGAUCAUCUUCUGCCGGAUGAUAUGGAGCUAAGCAACGAAACCCUGAAAGCCUUGCAGAGAGUGGCGGAAAACAGGGUCAAUGGUCUCGCUCGUCAAUGUCAGAAAACUCUGGCUACAUUGCUAGUGCUGGCUCAAGAGGAAGGCUCAUUGAACUGUGCAGUCCCACCGAGGAUAAAAAUCCCUUAUUUUGGAACUCUCUACGUGGCUUCGGAGCGGCACUUGAAGUCCAGCAGCCUAAAGCCGUCGCGCGAUCAGGGGUCUUCAGCAGCAUAUCCAGGUUGUCUUGUCAACUCUUCGAGCAGUGGUAUGCCUAGUGCUGAUCUCAAUCCUCAAUCUCCAAAAAUCACUUAUGAGGGUAUGUAUAGCUUUGACUCCGACUUGCCUUGGGCACAGGAUGAGUUUCAAGCGGUCUCUGGCUCUCUUGACUUCAUGACGGAUCUGGAUCAAGGCUGGGAAUCAUUCUUCAAUCCACAGGCAUCCAAUGAGAUGCCGUCUGCCGAAUCUCUUUUUUUCGAUUGA